AGUAAAAGUUACUUGGAAAUAAAUACAGUAGGUUUUAGGUUUUGGUUGCCAUAGCUGCACGCGCAUGACUAUCAGCAGAAAGCCCCGCCCCCUUCCCCGGACCGUUUACAAAAUCCUAGUUUGAAUCCCCGCCUCGUUUUUUACCCCGGCCACGCCUCUUUGUGACUGUGAUUCGCAAGAAAAUAAUAAUCAUCCUGCUUGGAGAAGGAGUGAUUUCACGGCAAGGCGUCUGUUUGUAGUCGGGACUUGGAGGUUGAGUGUUGCUGCACCCAGAUACAGUACACUCUGUGGUGGUGAGAGGGCGUGGUGUGGACGAUAAAGACGCACCGUAACCCCUGCGCGCGACACUACUUACUUCCUACAGCAGAGUACAACCCUCACUGUUACUCCUCCUUCUCACUCAGAGGGUCCACAACUGUUCCAGAGCCGAGAGUUUAUGUUGUGUUUUCGUGUCGGGACGGCGCGCGUCUUCGAGGUCUCAGGACAAACUGCGCGCGCUCUCGCGUCACUAAAUGGGCCGGCGGAGUGCGUCGGUGUGCGCGCGCUUCUGCAUUCUCCCUAAAUGGAACUGCAUCAUCAUCUGAUCAUACGAGCGUGCGAGUGAGUGCUGCUGUGAUCAGGCUUAUUUGGGAGAGAGAGAGGGAAAGAAAAUGAGCGGCGGAGAAAUCAUCUGCCAGGGCUGGCUGAGAAAAUCCCCACCGGAGAAAAAACUUCGUAGAUACGCUUGGAAGAAGCGCUGGUUUAUCCUACGCAGUGGGCGAAUGAGUGGAGACCCAGAUGUUCUGGAGUAUUACAAGAAUGACCACGCCAAAAAGCCCAUUCGCAUCAUCGAUCUACACUGCUGUGAGCAGGUCGAUGCAGGACUCACUUUCAAGCGUAAAGAGUUCCAGGACAGUUUUGUGUUUGAUAUCAAAACAGCUGAACGAACCUUUUACCUGGUGGCAGAGACAGAAGACGACAUGAACCGCUGGGUUCGUUCCAUCUGCCAGCUUUGCGGAUUCAACCAGUCUGAAGACAACCAUGAUGAUAGGCCAUCCACUACCCACAUGCUUCGCUCCAUGGCUGGUGACCUCAGCAGUUCUCUGGCUCCUCUGCUUGGUGAACGCAAGACGACUGUGCCCUCACACUCUAGCCAACCAAUGCUGUUUACCUUUGACAUGCCAAUACGUCACCCCCAUGCCCCCCUGUCCAACAGCGCCCCUCAGGACUACCUCCUUCUUCACCAGUGCAUGAGCCGGAAGAGUGAGAGCGCACGGAGUGCCAGUUUCUCGCAGGCACAGCGUGGCAGUCUGUUGUUGGGCAGUGACUCAGCAGUUCAGCGUCUUGCUCAUGGCGUCUCACAAUGUCUGAACGGGACAGGCUCUCAAGUUCUCGGCUCCUACAGCCUCCCCAAAUCCAACAAACACCAACAGCUUGGGGUGCGUGCAGAUUCACCCCGUGAGGCCUGCUAUGUCCUACCCCGAGCCCACAGUGCUGAGGAGCCUUCUGACCUAGAAUCUGAAGAAAUUUACACCUAUAAGACACCCUGUAAUGCCCUCGCCACUGCGCACUUCAACGACCAGCGACCUCCAGACAACUAUGACCUGCCUGGCACACCUGGCUCUAUCUACCAGAUACCUCGCACAUUUGAUAGGAACCAUAAUGCUCUGACACCCAACAGUGCAGAUUCAACGGGUGGCCCCCCACCACCCAGACCACCAAAACCUGGCCUGAACUCAGAGACACGUUGGGGAAGCCCUCAGACCCUCACAGGACAGAAUGGAGACGUGGCCAACAUGUCUGUCAUUCCACGGAGGAACACGCUUCCAGCUGUUGAGAACAUCAAGCUUCACAGAGGAUCCUCAUUUGAGACCUGCAAUCAGCGUCCACACUAUUUCAAUAACUCUGGUCAAUCAGUAGAAUCUAUCAAUGAUGGCUCCUACCUGAGAGAAAAACCUCCACUUACCCGCUCAGACAGUGGAAAUUCUGAAGACAACUACGUACCUAUGAACCCUGGCUCCUCCACCUCCCCUCUCAACGCUGCCCUGGCUGACAGCCCUAAGAGCAACUACAUUCCCAUGAGCCCUGGUCCACACCACUUUGACUUCCCAGGGUUCUCUGCCACUCUGCCAGCUAGGAAAGGCAGUACAGCCUCAAUGUGCUACCGACCGGGCCGUGUGAGUGAUGUCACGCCUCCACCAAUCAACCGCAACCUUAAGCCCAACAGAAAAGUAAAGCCAUCACCUCUGGACCUGAGGAACAAUGGCAUCAUUGAUGAGCUUCCUUUUAAGAGCCCUGUUACCUUGUCCUGGAGCAGACCCGUGCCUGUUAUGAACUCCAUCUCCUCGCAACACUGUCGACCCAUCUCCACUCAGAGCAUCACCAGCACUGAUUCUGCAGACAGUGAGGAAAAUUAUGUGGCAAUGCAAAACCCAGCAUCUACCUCGCCAGCAGUGAGUGGAACCAGCAGCCCUGCUUCUAGGAAAGGUGGUAACGUCGACUACUUGGCUCUAGAUUUCCAGUCUGGCUCCCCUGGUCCUCACAGAAAGCCUUCCACGUCUUCCGCGACAUCAGAUGAGAAGGUUGACUAUGUCCAGGUGGACAAGGAGAAGACGCAGGCCCUUCAGAACACCAUGCAGGAGUGGACGGACGUCCGGCAGUCCAGUGAGCCGGCAAAAGGCAUUAAAUCCUGACAGAGUACUAACAUGCUAAUUCUGGCAGCAAGAUGAAACACACAAUGCACAUGGGCCUCCUUAUCACUUCAUUUUCCAUCAGACUGGUGUGCCAUGACAUGAGGGAUUUUUCUUCCUUCAACAAAGCGAUGUUAUAAAAUGGAACCCAAAGCCAUAACAAACCCUUGGUCUUAUGAGGGGAAAAAAUAGCCAUUAAUCAUCAAGGAACGGCGUUGCUUGUUAACUAUGGACAGAGAUUAAUCCAUAAUUUUUUAUAAAUUAUUGUAUCGUAAUCCAUCAGUAUGGGAUACAUCAAAAAUGUGCUUCAAUAUGCACAUAAAAAUGUCUUGUGUCUUGAAUCCUGAAACUUCAUUUCCCAAAAUAUAAACAAACUAGUAUAAACAAACCACUGCAACCCUGACCAGGCAGUUACUAAAGAUGAAUCAAUUCCACACAUUCAUUUUAAUGAUCUUGUUUGUCCCGAAAGCAUAAUAUCUGACUGCUUGCUCUUGCCCACAAAAAAUAAAAAAUAAAAACAAACAAAACAUAGUGCUCCACCCGUUCAUAUCUGAGGAUAGUAACCAAAAUAUAUCAAAACCAAUUUUAUAUUAGAGAAUGCUAAAGAUAUUAAUCACAUGAAAAAUGAUGUAUAUCAAUAGAAGGCAAACCAUGUACUCUACAACAUAUAUUUGUACAAACCAUCACAGGUUUGUGUAUAUAACAAUUUACAAGACACAAGGUGCAGAUAGAUUUAUCUGUGAAUAGUGAAACACAUUUGAGAUGUCUCACUGACUCGAUACGAUUAAUCUCUCUCAUUACCCUUGUAAGCUGAAGCCUCAUAUUUCAAAGAAAAUACCAAAUAUGAACCUCAGACUGUGCAGUUGCAGCAUGAGUUGCAUGCACUUGCCUUUUUGUUUGGGAGUGCAAUAUGGUCCACAGAUAUCAUUGAUUGGUGGAAAGUUAUCUCUAGUGCAGUGUUAUCAAUACUAACAAAUGGGCGCUGCAUGAAAUUUAAAUAACUGUUUCUUUUCAGAGUUGACUGAGCUUACAAUAACGGCUUUCCAGUCAAACUGAAUUGCUGUCUGACUUCUAUUGAUUCUGGGAAAAUAACAAUAUCAGUGACUGAGCAAACAUGAGACUCGGCGGAAAAAAUCAAAAUAAGGCAAAGCUUGCUGGUGUGUGGUGUAAGGAACAAGCAUUUCAAUUUAUGAAACUAUAUUCAAGCUAUGUAGCUGAGUGUAUUGAGAGAUCCACCCAUGCAGAUUUAGCUGAACUGUGCAUGUUUGGUCAGGAAGAUGAUAAAAACGGAUCACGUGUUCUCUCUGUGGAGACUUAGCAAUAAAUUGAAUUCGCUUGUCCUUGCCAAGCAUUUUGCUAGUGGACAAAUUUACUACUUUCAAGUGAUUUUGGAUUUCAACGAUGUAUCAGAUAAGAUAUAGAAAAGCUACAGUAAAUAAUGAAGUGGUUCUCAAGGAUAUUAUGACUUGAUACUGUAUCUGUAUAUUUUCCUCCUGGAUUCACGGCCAUAUUUAUUGAAGCGUGCAGUUGUGGGCCAGCAGAAGUGCCACACUAGUCUGUAUACAUCAGAGGUUACAAGAUGAGGUUUUUUUUUGAAAAUUCAUUUUAUAGUUUUUUUUUUUUUUAAUGUGUGCGUGUGUGUAUAUAUAUAAUUAUUAAAGAACGUUUUUUAUUUGCAUAGAAUACAUCUCUGGAAUUUCUAGUCUACAGGAUGGCAGCAGUGGACCAACACUAAAGCAUUACUGACCUACUUGUCCACUCAUUCCAGUCAAUCACUUUUGGCGCAGCUCCAUGUAAACUCUGUGAACUCCAGAUUAAUAUGCGGUCACGACUGUACAUAAGUGUGACAUUACUGUGAAAUAUUAAACAGACAAGUAUUUUGAAAUGAACCAGGUGAAUUAGUCAUAGCUGUACUGUGUCUUGGAACGGAUUAAUUGGAAUUUACUGCAGUAAUGAAGAGUGUUACUUUUUUCAAAGGCAGAAAGCAAUUAUAAUUAGUCAAUUCUCUUUUACUCUUAAAAUGCAUUUGUUUCUGUGUUAAAAUCUACAUGCAGUUUCAAUGUAAAGUCACUGUAGUAGAGACUGUCAUAGAGACCAAAUGUGCAAUCACAUAAUGUAUAAAGAGGUCAUUGCAGAUUAUCUGGGGGUGGAGGGUGUGGGGGGGGGGGUCUCCUCAAUGGUUCUACUUGUGCGGUUCUAUUUUAAGCUACUUUAUUUUUUAAUUAGCAAGAGCAUUGCAUAUUAACACACAGGGUUCUUACACAGAAUGUGUAUGGGUUCCUCCAUAAAAACAAACAAGAAUCCUCAAGUUUUCUGCAUUUAACUUUUUUUAUUUAUUUAUUUUUUUCUAAAAGCGCAAGCUGGAAUUUCCAAAAUAUAAAUUUACAUGUCAUUUUAAGAUAUCAUAAGACAUUAAGAUGAGACGUGAGAUGUUUCUGCCAAUUGAAAUAAGCCAGUCCUAUUGAAAAUUGAAUUACAAAUACAUAAUCUUUGCUUUCCAUCAAGGCUACUUCCUAUUUAUUAUUACAUAAAAACUCCAUGUGAAGCCUCGCUCUUUAAUCCAGGUCCUCCUUUACUUGAUUUGAGAUUACAGCAUUUUUUCAGCAUGGAUUAUGGGACGACUUUUUUGUAACAUAUGAUAUUGGAAACCUUUGGAGAAGUACUUCUGUGGUAAUGGUGCACUGGCAUUGCCCUUCAGCAUUCUGUGAUUCUGCUGAAAGGCUGUGAGACUGAAAUCAGUUAUUCCCCAUGCCUUUGUCUAUGCUAAAAGUGAAAUGUGUAAUGUGCUGUUCUGGGAGAGCAUGUGUAAGUGAACUGAAUUUCUUUGUUGUGUUAGUGUGUAUGCCGUAAUGUGUUGGAUGACUUGCUGUCUGAGCACGAUAAAAAAAAAGUUCAGCUUUUCUUUUUACUGCAUUCUUUUGAGUAAUGUACACUUCGUCUUAUUUCUACUUUUACUGUAAAGCCUUUAUAUCCAAUUGCUUGUGAAUUAAUUUAUUAAUUUAUUGUGUGUUCGCAGGAAGAAAAACCUUGUAAGAAUGUUUGUGGCUCUACUAACAUUAAUUUAUGCUACGCAUCUUGAUCUUUGUGAAGCAAUAUGCCAAGUAAAGCCAGUCAAAUGGUCUAAUGUGGUACUUUUGGGAUACAAAAAAAAAACAUUGUUAUUCCAUGAUAUUAUAUCCGCAGAAUGUUGACCGAAAUAAACUGCAGUGCAAACACAAGCGUUUAGAUUGUCUUUGAAGGUAAAUAUGGUGAUACAUUUGAGUGUUUCUGUUAAUUGCAACAAAUGUGAGCAGAUUAUUCAUACAGUAAUAAUUCAGUGAGUAGGCUUACAGGUCAGUGUAAACACCCUCACCUCAUCACCAUGUGUGUAUUGUGUUGGUGUAGAGCCACUCCCUGUGCCUGCUGUCUCUGAUCUGACUAAAGCUCAUCCCUAAGCCCUACUGACCCCUUCUGGCAGCCACAGCCAUGACUCAGUCUGUCCUAAUAAACAGCUCCCUGUGUUCUGACUCAGGCCUUCAUUAUG